CGAGGUCAAACAAUCUAAAAGCCAUCAUCAGACAACCUGUCCAAAGCUCACAAAACUUAAUCUUGUUUAUCGAUCCCACAGCCACAACACCUCGGCAAUACUAUGAAACAGCAAACCAUGACGGCAACAACAAAUCCCUGUCUGGGCUAAACACUGCAUGGCAUCAGACGCCUGUUUCAACGCCUGCUACUGCUGCAGUAGAAACCCCUCAAAACAACACUCCACUCCUCACCGGCCGGCCGUCGCGUGCUGCCACGAAUUCGCCGCCGCCACCGCCUCCUCCCUCGUCCCGGCCAACACUCAGUUCACUAACCAUGAGUCCCUCCCGCCCUGCGCCGAAAUGUUUUCGAGAUUCCGUCAUGCCUAUCCCCACUACUAUAAGACUAAUUUAGCAGACGAAAUUCGGUCCCGCGAGUAUUACAAUCUCGCGGGUUCCAAUCGCGUCUGCCUCGAUUACAUUGGCCACGGGCUGUUCUCCUAUUCCCAACAACAGGGAAACCAUCAUUUGACCCAAGAUAUCGCUUCCACCUCCGCCUCCCCGCCGCUGUCCGCCGCCGCAGGCCUGUUCUUUGAUAUCUUGUACAAGCCCGUGAGCUUGAACUCUCAGUUACUCUAUGGCGGCACAGAAUCUGGGCUUGAAGCCUGCAUAAGAAAACGAAUCAUCAAGUAUAUGAACUUAUCAGAAGAUGAUUACUCCGUGGUGUUCACUGCCAAUCAGUCAUCUGCAUUUAGGCUUUUAGCAGAUGCUUAUCCCUUCCAGGCAACCAAUAGUCUUUUAACCGUCUAUGAUUACCAGAACGAGGCGGUGGAAGCCAUGGCCGAGAGCUCGAAGGCGAGAGGGGCCAGGGUUUUAUCUGCGGAAUUUUCCUGGCCUAAUUUGAGGGUGAAUUCAAGGAAGCUAAGGAAAAUGGUGGUGAGCAAAGGGACACGAAAAAGGGGACUAUUUGUGUUCCCACUUCAGUCUAGAGUGAGCGGGACUCGAUAUUCGUAUCAAUGGAUGAACUUAGCCCACGAUAAUGGCUGGCAUGUACUCCUUGACGCCUCAGCUUUAGGCGCCAAGGAUAUGGAGACUUUAGGCCUCUCCCUCUUUCAACCUCACUUUCUCAUCUGCUCAUUCUUCAAGGUUUUUGGGGAAAAUCCUUCUGGAUUCUGUGUCCUAUUUGUCAAGAAAUCCAUAAUCCCAGAAUUGGAAAAAUCCCCCACAAGCAUUGGCAUUGUUAGCCUUGUUCCACCCUCUCCAGAUAAAGAAUCAGACCCUGCAGAAACCUCUUCAUCUUCUUCAUCUUCCUCCCCAAUUUCUGUCCAAGAAAAUUCAAAAUUUCUGAGCACCAAACAAUCUGGAGAGGAUGAAGAGGAGAAAAAGCAAUUGUCACUUUGGGAAUUCUUGAAAUUGGAGAAAGUUUUAGAGAGCAGGCGGUUAAAGAACGCAAAUUUAAGCUCAGAGGAGAUUAUUACAGAAUGCAGGGGAUUGGAUCACGCGGAUAAACUAGGCCUAGUAGUGAUCAGUAACCGAGCUAGAUACCUAGUGAACUGGCUUAUAAACGCGUUGCUGAGUCUCCGACAUCCUCGUUCCGAAAACGGCGGCGUGUCGCUGGUUCAAAUCUACGGAACAAAGGUGAGAUUCGACAGAGGGCCAGCGAUUGCAUUCAAUGUGUUUGACUGGAAAGGACAGAAAAUCCCUCCCGCACUCGCACAGAAGCUAGCAGACCGACACAAUAUAUCCGUUUCCUGCGCAUUUCUGAACCACAUUGGAUUCUCCGAAUUGUACGAUGAAGAGAAGAGAAAAGCGGCGGAGAUCAUCCUCGUCGGAGACAAUAAAAGGGGAACUUCUUCAAGUGGGAUAUCUGUGAUUACUGUUUCUCUGGGACUGCUGACUAACUUUGAGGAUAUGUAUAGGCUAUGGAGUUUUGUUUCAAGGUUUCUGGAUGCUGAUUUUGUUGAGAAGGAAAGAUGGAGAUACAUGGCUCUCAAUCAAACUACUCUUGAACUGUAGACCCAUAUAUCCAACACACAUAUUCUUUCAUUCUUUUUACGUUGUAACUGGUUUUGAUUCUUUCUUUAUACACAUCACACUUGUUCCCUCUUAGCUCACUACUAUGUUUCAUCAUUUUUCAAGCAUACCAUUUUUACAUGUCUUUC